ACAUACUGCGCCUGCGCACGAGAGACUGCCUUUUUCCCCCCUGCUGCAGGUCCGUGUGGAGCCGCGCUCGCGGGUCUCUGUUCGGCAGAAUGGGGUUUGUUAAAGUUGUCAAGAACAAGGCCUACUUUAAGAGAUACCAAGUGAAAUUUAGACGACGUCGAGAGGGCAAAACUGAUUACUAUGCUCGGAAACGCUUGGUGAUCCAGGAUAAGAAUAAGUACAACACACCCAAAUACAGGAUGAUCGUUCGUGUAACUAACAGAGAUAUCAUCUGCCAGAUUGCUUAUGCCCGGAUCGAAGGGGAUAUGAUAGUCUGUGCAGCUUAUGCACACGAACUGCCUAAGUACGGUGUGAAGGUUGGCCUGACCAAUUAUGCUGCAGCCUAUUGUACUGGCCUGCUGCUGGCUCGCAGGCUUCUGAAUAGGUUUGGCAUGGACAAGAUCUAUGAGGGCCAAGUGGAGGUGACUGGAGAUGAAUACAAUGUGGAAAGCAUUGACGGCCAGCCUGGUGCCUUCACCUGCUAUCUGGAUGCAGGCCUUGCCAGAACCACCACUGGCAAUAAAGUGUUUGGAGCCCUGAAGGGAGCUGUGGACGGAGGCCUGUCCAUCCCUCACAGUACCAAACGAUUCCCUGGCUACGAUUCUGAAAGCAAGGAGUUUAAUGCGGAAGUACAUCGGAAGCACAUCAUGGGGCAGAAUGUUGCAGACUACAUGCGUUACCUAAUGGAAGAAGACGAAGAUGCCUACAAGAAGCAGUUCUCUCAAUACAUAAAGAACAAUGUGACUCCAGACAUGAUGGAGGAGAUGUACAAGAAAGCCCACGCGGCGAUCCGGGAGAAUCCAGUGUAUGAGAAGAAGCCCAAGAGAGAGGUGAAGAAGAAGAGGUGGAACCGUCCCAAGAUGUCCCUUGCCCAGAAGAAAGAUCGGGUAGCCCAAAAGAAGGCAAGCUUCCUGCGCGCUCAGGAGCGGGCUGCUGAGAGCUAAACCAAACAUUUUCUAUGAAGAUUUUCCUGAUAAAGAUAAUAAACUUAUUGACACAGCAA